AUGAGCCCAUGGAGACCAAGCCCUUCAAGUUCGUCACUGCCGGUAUGUCUCUCACAAAUAUCCGGGCCCAUUGAAUCGCUUCUCAACGAUCUCCGCUCUGUAUCCGAGGUCCCUGGAGCUGACAAUUGCGUUCCCAAUGCACUAGGUUACGACGCCCGUUUCCCUCAGCAGAACCAGUACGUUUCGCACUCAGUUAUUUCUCGCGAUCAGUCUGUUAACAACAUACCAGGACCAAGCACUGCUGGCAAAACUACGUCGACUACCACAAGUGCGUCACCGCCAAGGGUGAAGACUUCCGCCCAUGCCGCCAGUUCUACCUCGCCUUCCGAUCCCUCUGCCCUAAGCCCUGGACUGACCGGUGGGACGAGCAGCGCGAGGCCGGCAACUUCCCCGCCCGCCUGGACCGGUAAAUUAGACCAGACUGUACUAGAAUUCCAGCGGUGA